UUACUUUCUUAUUAAAAAAAAUUCCCUGGGUAACACUGCCUCACGGUCUUAGAUCUGAUAAGCAAGCAAACAGUGGUAUAUUAAUUGUCAGCAUGCUCAAGAUGGUACGAUGAUUUUGUCCAUGGUCAGGACAAGCCAACUGUGCCUUCACCACUGCUCAGUGGGAAGGAGAAAGUAAAACUCCAAGAGGAGAGCUGGUAAUGUACAUUGUGUGUGUAAAGGAAUGAAAAGAGGAAGGAGGAGCAUUUACUUAUUUAAUCACUUCAAAAAUGUGAAGAAAGGAUGAGAAAAGUAAAUCUAAGUCUUGAGUAGAAUUAAAGUUCUCAUUUAAAUGCUUGCUCUUACUUUUUUCUUCAUUCCUAGGUUCAUGAUAUUGCUAUCUGAAGUUGAGAAAUCGUCAGAAGAAAUCACGGAGAUAAUGCAAAAUUUAAGUAGUAUACAGGCUUUGGAAGGCAAUAGAGAGCUUGAAAAUCUCAUUGGCAUCUCUCAUGCGCCAUGUUCCUUAAAAAGAGAAGUGGAGAGAACCAAAGAGCUACUGACAAAAGUAACAAAACAAAAACUGCUUGAAAAGAAGAGUUCAGGACGUCUUCACAAAGGUAAAGCCUUGUGUCUUAGUUUAUGACAUUAAGAGAUGCUUUCAGAUCAUUUCACCAAAUAAAACUAAUCAUCAUGUGGGUUUUUUUUUCCAGUGCUGGGGUUUGAACUCAGGGUCUUGCACUUGUGAGGCAGGCCAGAGUAUAUUAUUUUACCUCAUUUGAUAAGCCUUAUACUACAUUUAGCAGAAGACCAUGUGUAAUGAAAUCAGUUUCCCUGAUGAUUUGGAUGUUUUAAAUGACUUCUGAAAUACAACUUUAAAUUUUGUCUUUUUAUUAAAAUUUCUUUUUCAGAAUGUAGACAAAUGGGGACCACAGUGUAUCAAUAUAUCACAAUUUUUAGUGAUAGAUUAGAAGGACAUACAAAACAUUAAAAAUUACUUUGUAACCAGUGUCCUGAAAACUUAAAUCAUUAACAACUUUUUUCUUCUGGGGGAGGGGCAGAACUGGGGUUUGAACUCAGGGCCUCACACUUGCUAGGUUGGCGCCAUUCCUGCUUGAGCCAUUCCACCAGCCAUUAAUUUACCUUUUGAUGCUUAAUCUGCUAUGAGCUCAUGCCUCUGAGCAUUUCACAGUAUGGAAAUCUAAAUUAGCAGUUUUUAAGUUUCCAGAUGAAAUACAUAUCUGUGCCUCAGUAAGGAAAAUAAUCAUGGACUGAAAAAUAUUAAAACCUUUAGAACAAUUAAGAGUGAUCAUUUCGGGAGGGAAUUACCUUUUUAAAAAAUUUUAUUUCCAGGCACCAGGCUCAUGCUUGUAAUCCUAGCUAUUUGGGAGGCUGAAAUCAGGAGGAUUAAGGUUGGAGACCAGACCCUUUCUCCAAACCAGAGCAAAAUGAGCUGGAGGUAUGGCUCAAGUGGUAGAGCUCCUGCUUUGCAAGCAUGAAGCAGUCCCCCCCAAAAAACUUAUUAGCAUAUAUCAGUUACACAAAGUAAUGGAUUUCAUUAUGACAACUUUAUAUAUACAAACAAUGUACUUUGAUCAUAUUCACCUCCCCAUUACAGUAUC